AUGAAUGAAAAAGAACAUAUUGAUCGAUUAUUUGACGAGCGAGGUAAAAAUGAUAAAAAUUCUACUACCUUAGCUAACACUCUAGACAAAGAUAUCCAAACUGUUUUUAACAGUCCCGAGAAAUUCGCUCUAGAAUUACUACAAAACGCUGAUGAUGCUGCUAUCGAUAAUCAACCUAUACAUGUUACAUUCCAAAUCAAUCAACGAUACUUAGCCUUUUCUCAUACCGGUAGACAUUUCGAUUAUCAAGAUGUCGAAGCUAUUUGUGAUAACGCACAACAACAGUUUACACGGAAGAAAACCGAUUUAAGCAAGACUGGCUUUAAAGGAAUCGGAUUUAAGUCUGUAUUUGUAAUAUCGCAUCGUGUCUAUAUUAUAUCUAGAAAUUAUUGUUUCCGAUUUGAUCGCGAUUAUGCAAAAUGGCGUAAUAACGAUAGCGAUAGAUUUAGACGUUAUCCUUGGCAAAUUACGCCUAUUUGGACACAGCAAAAUCAAUUACCGAAAGUAUUUGAACUGAAUAAGUCACAUGUUACUUUCCUAUUUCAACUAGUCGACGAAACUCGAUCUGUGAAUAAUGUUGAAAAGGUAUAUAACGCACUUAAAAUACUGAUGCAAACACCUAAUACUAUCUUGUUCUUACGUAACAUACAAGAAAUUACAAUUCGUCAACAUAAUCGUAUCGAUUCUAUUCAAUUAAGAAAGUUAUUCGAUACGUCUAAUCAAUACGAAUUAUAUGUAAACGAUACAUUGAAGAGUAAAUGGUUAAUUCGAUCCGACGAACAACAAAUUCCUAACGAAAUCCAUCAAAAGUUACAGCGACUACCCGAUCAAGAAUGUCCGACUAAACUUAAACAAGCAACAUCAGUUAAUCUCAAAUUUGCAUUCCUAUUCGGCGAAGAAGGAACGUUAAAAGCCCAUCAUAAAGCAGUACUAUUUUGCUAUCUACCUACACAAAUGUACUCCGGUUUACCGUUUCUAGUCAAUGGCGACUUCUUACUUAGUGCAGAUCGAACACAAUUAUUAACUAAUAUAUGGAAUGAAUAUAUGUUUCGAUGCAUAGCUAAGUUUCAUAUCGCUUUAUUACAUGAAUUUGCUCUAAAUGAAUAUUAUUGUGAUCACGUUUUAUUACUUUUAACACGCCGAUUAAAAGGGACUAUAUCGCAACAAUUUACCGACGUAUACAGUAGUACUAUCGAUAUUGAACUAGCAAAAAUCGCCUUCAUACCUUCUCAUAUUAAUCAGUGGCAAUUACUGAAAUGGGGCGAAGCUAUUUCGGACGAUUUAGGAUUCUUUGAGGCAUUUCCAAGUAUUGAUUUAACGAAACGUAAAAUGAUUACAAGCAGCACUGUGCAAAAUCAAAGUAAAUUACCUACCAGUAACCAUUUUACUUUCAUUACACUAGCAGAAAAUAUAGAAAAGUAUGCCCAAACCACAUUGCAGAUAUCACGCUAUCAAAAGUUUCUGAAAUUUGUAAUUGACGCCUACUUAUCACACCGUUACUUAUAUUCCGAUGAUGGCAUACAAGCAUUGAAAAAUAAAUCUUAUCUACUGACGGAUAACAAUAAAUUAGUCGAUAGUUCUAUCAUCUAUCUACCAGCAAGUAACAAAGUAAUAGAAUACCCGUCAUUUUUAAACUUCAAUCUUGUUCAUCCUACAAUACUAGAAAUACCUAAUGCAUUGACAUGGUUAAAAAAAAUAGGCAUUGAUAAAGUAUCGGAUGAAAGCAUACUUGAAACAAUUAGAAAGUGGCUGAGAUCUCAACAAAUUCAACUUCUUCGUAAUCCCAAACUAUCAGUAGAAAUUGUUCGAUUAUUGUGCCAUCUUACAAUCGUGAAUGAAUGGAAAUGGUACUAUUUGUACGAAUUACCAUUGCUAACUAAAUCAGGUACUCUCAAAGCAGCUAAAGAUUGUUAUUUACCAUCCGAUCUUGACCCGCGUUUCGAUCUUGAAAAGAUUAUUCAAAAAGAUGUGGGAUUUGUCGACUAUAAAUCCUACUUAGAUGCAUCUAUUCAUACAAGCAAACUCAAAUCCACGUUGCUGUUGUUGCACGUUAAAGAAGAAAUUAAAUUCAUCUGUGGAAAAUUCACUCAACUCGAUGAAUACUGCACAAGAAACGAUAUUUACCAAUUUCAAGAAUAUCGAAAUUAUCUUACAGAGCAAAAACUUGUUCAAUUUCAUAAAUUCUAUCAUUAUCAUAUAGCCUACUUACCCUAUAUGGCUUGUUUAGAGAUUAAAAAUUACGCAAAAUUCUUUUUUCAACAGUUAGUUCAACAUCAAGAAGAAAUCAUUGAAGGAAUAAAACAUUUUAAAAUUUAUAGUAAAUCCAAUAAAAAUAGCUAUGAAUACUCAGCAAUACAUUACCUGCAAUUUGUGCUCAAUAAGGCUGCAUGCGUUCGAGCUACUAAUGGAAACUUGUAUCCUAUGAAAGAUCUAUAUAACCCGUCACUUGUUAAGCAUUUGGAUCAAGAAUUAAAACAUUACCUACCACAGAUGCAAACUAAUUAUGGCGAUAUAACUAUCAAUCUAUCUGAAGAAUUGAUGAAAUGGCUAGGAGCGCGUAGCAAACUAACCGCACAAGAUGCCAUCAAACUGUUAAAAGAUAUCGCAGCUGGAUCACCGCAAAAACUCUUUGAUCAGUUCCAAAGCUUUUAUAAAAUGAUGAUUAUGUCAGCUUGGAAUGAUAGUCAGUGCGAAGAAUUAAGGCAGUCAAAUACUAAAAUUUUAGCUUCGGAUGGAUCCUUACAAUCUAUUGAUGCAUUAUAUUUUAUUCCUGACAAACAAUUAUGCAGCGUAAGACAUCCAAAUCUACUAAAAUCUUUCCCCGCUCUAACAAAAGAAGAUAUGCUCAUAAUUUGCCGUUACUUUGGCGUUAAAGAAUUAAAGGCAAAUGAUUACGAAAUAGUUUAUGAUAAAUCUGAAGAUAAUUCAAUCAUAAAGACUGAGAUUAAGAAUUUACUAAAAAUGGUUGCUAUAACUGAAAUAAAUCCUAGUCAUCGUGGACGGUGUCAGUUGCUUCGAGAGUGGCUUAAAAAGAUAAAUAAGCUAGAUAUAUUAGCAGUUGAAAGUUUAGCUCUGUUAGUUAAAUCUAAUUCAAAAAUCAGUUUCAAAGUAGAAGCGAUACUUUCUAGAAAUAAACUGGCACUUUCCAGUAAUCAACUUUUUUACGAAAAUCAUCUUGAUGACAACAAUAACUUACAUGACAUCGCACAAGCCAUUGCAGCAUAUUUAGAACUAUCGGAAGCUAAUCAUUAUGUUUUGAAUACUUUAGUGAUUACUAAUUCCAAUAAAAGUCGCAUUAGAUGGUUAACAAACCAAAAUUACAAUAUCGCUGCCUUGGACAUGAUGGAUGAGAAUUGUUUACUAGGUGAUGAUACUGAAAAUCAAGCCGAUACAAUUCUUAGCGAAAAAGCGACCCAAAAUCUUUCAUCUACACCAUCUAAUCUACACUCAGUAUUGACAUCAGCAUCGUUAGACGAUGAAAUUACCGAUGUCAAGUCCGAAAGUAAAAGGCUUAAAAAAGUUAAAAAAUCUACGACAAUUCAGAGUGAGGCUAGUAAAAGGAACAGCUCCAAAUCGUCAAGCUCAUCUGAAGACGAAAAGUGUUUAGAAUAUUGUCAACCCGCUGAUGCGAUCAAAGCUACUUUCUACGCGAUAGAAUACACGCAAGAUGAAAACUUUCCAUCAUUAUUUGCAAAUUCCAGUGAUAAAGAACAGUGUAUUCAAGCUAUCAAUUUAACAAAUUUCUCUGAGACAAGUAAAUCUGCUUGGUCAUCUAAUCGUCCUACUGUAAAUUUUUUUGAAGCAUCUCGAUUAGAAAACACUGCCUACGAAAAUGAAAUUAAAAAAAACAAAAUUAAAAGUAAUAAUAAUUAUAAUCGAUGGACUGGUCGAUGGGGAGAAGAGUUUGCGUAUAAGUAUUUUCAAGAUUACUACCGAAAGAAAUUUCGUUCUCUAGAAAAAACUAACAAUAGAGAAGCAAUAGUUAUGAAAGGAGUUGAUCAUCGAGGUAAAGAUCUAUCAGUUAAAAUAAUCUGGUUUAAUAAAGACCAAGAAAGCAAUUUUCCUGCUGAUAUUAACAUCAUUAAAAAUGAUCGUUCAAAGUAUAUUGAGGUUAAAACUACUUAUAAGAAAAAAAAUCUUUUUUGUAAAAUUAGUCAAAAGGAAUGGCUAAGUAUGCAUCAGUAUGGCAAAAAUUACCGAUUAUUUUGCAUCUAUAACGCAGUUUACUGGAAAUCGUUUGUAAUCGUAAAGGAAAAUUAA